GGCCGGUGCGGCUCUGCAGGCGGCGCGGUGCAGCGGAGCGGAGAGAGCGCAGCGGGACCGCCGCCACCGCCGCCAGGACAGCCUCGAUCCCCGCACCCCGCCACCCCAGCAAGAUGCCCCGGGUAGACGCAGAUCUCAAACUGGACUUUAAAGAUGUCCUGCUCAGACCUAAAAGAAGCAGCCUCAAAAGCAGAUCAGAGGUUGACCUUACACGGACCUUCACCUUCCGCAACUCCAAGCAGACAUACACAGGAAUUCCCAUUAUAGUGGCAAACAUGGACACUGUGGGGACAUUUGAAAUGGCCGUGGUUAUGGCAAAACAUGCAAUGUUCACCGCAAUUCACAAGCAUUAUUCUCUGGAAGAAUGGAAACUGUUUGCUGCCAAUCACCCAGAAUGCCUUGAGCAUGUAGCAGCAAGCUCAGGUAGCGGAAAAGCUGAUUUGGACAAGUUAACAAGUAUUCUGAAGGCCAUUCCACCUAUCAGGUACAUUUGCCUGGAUGUGGCAAAUGGCUACUCCGAGCAUUUUGUGGAGUUUGUGAAGUCUGUCCGUGCCCUGUUCCCACAUCACACCAUUAUGGCAGGCAAUGUGGUGACAGGAGAGAUGGUAGAAGAACUUAUUCUUUCUGGAGCAGAUAUUAUUAAAGUGGGUAUCGGACCAGGUUCCGUGUGUACCACUCGGAUUAAGACAGGGGUGGGCUAUCCACAGCUAAGUGCUGUUAUUGAGUGUGCUGACUCGGCACAUGGCUUGAAGGGACAUAUCAUCUCUGAUGGAGGAUGCAGCUGCCCAGGAGAUGUCGCCAAAGCGUUUGGAGCCGGUGCUGAUUUUGUCAUGCUUGGAGGAAUGUUUGCAGGCCAUGACCAGUGUGCUGGGGAGAUUAUAGAAAAGAAUGGCAAGAAGGUGAAACUAUUCUAUGGAAUGAGCUCUGACACAGCCAUGAAGAAGCAUUCAGGAGGGGUUGCUGAAUACAGAGCUUCUGAGGGCAGAACUGUGGAAGUACCGUACAGAGGGGAUGUGGAACUCACCAUCCUGGACAUCCUUGGGGGCCUGCGCUCCACCUGCACCUACGUGGGAGCUGCCAAACUGAAGGAACUGAGCAGGAGAACGACGUUUAUCCGAGUCACCCAGCAGCACAGCCAGGUCUUCUCUUAGCCCAGGACUGGGGAGCUGAAGAGAGAGUGGUGGUGGGGAGGAGCAGGAAGGGCUGUUGAUUUGGUUUGCUUUCUCUUCCUUGUUGUGUUAGUGGCAAACUCUCUCUCAGAAUGGCAGUGUCAUAGCCAUUGGAGGGGCUAUGGCUGGGA